AUGUGUGAGGUAUCCACCAGAGGCCAUUGGAUUACUCAUGCUUGGCUUGCGGAAACGUGGGUGGGGGUGGAUGUGCAGGAGGUCCCAAAGGCAUGCGCCCUUUCCCUGAAGGUAAGAAUUAAAGGCGUCCCGGACGAAGAUGGCAACUUCCACAUUGGCUUACGUAUCGCAACAGAUGAACGCUUAAGUACGAAGGUGAAAGUGACCAAAAAUUGA